UCUAUGGUAUCUAUGGAUAAAGAUUGUCAUUGGAUUUUGAUUUUUGAAUUUUGUUUUCGACGUUUGUGAUUGUGAUUAGUGAUUUGAUAGUUAACUCGAAAUUAAAAUUAAGUUAUAUAUAUUUAAUACUCUGAAUACAAAAUCUAACGGUAAAGUAAGUUACAAUAAUAUUUGAAGUGCCACGGUUCGAUCAUAAAUGUAUCUAAAGCGAAGAUAAUCAAUUGAAAUUUUUUAUGGGUUUACAUAAAUCUUGUAUUACUGAUGAAACAAAGGACUCGACAGUAUGUAAUUUAUCAUCAAUUGCUGUAAAAAGUAAAGAUGUAGCACCAACCAAAUUAACUAUCAACAAUUGGUCUGAGUUUCCUGCAAAAGGUCUCCCGCAUACUCUGAAAUCUCUGUAUAUCGAGGGGCUCAAGCUGUGCAGUCUUCGACAAGAUAUUUUAUCGCUGAACCAUCUUACUUUAUUAAGUCUAAGUAAUAAUGAAAUUGAAAAGAUACCGCCUGAAUUUGGUAAUUUACCUAGCUUACGUGAAUUGUACUUAUCUAAUAAUUCUCUGGGUUUAAAUAAAAAUCCUAAUUGGCAAUGGCUUCUUGGAAUACAGGUAAUUUACCUAGCUUACGUGAAUUGUACUUAUCUAAUAAUUCUCUAGGUUUAAAUAAAAAUCCUAAUUGGCAAUGGCUUCUUGGAAUACAGGUGUCAAAAACUUUGAAGGUUUUAGAUCUAUGUGGAAACAAAUUAGAAGAUUUGCCAAAAAGUAUAUGGAAAUUGCAAAAUUUAAUAACUUUAAAAUUAGAUAAUAAUAUUUUGAAUAAAUUACCAAGUUCUUUGGGUCGCAUAAGUACUUUAAGGUAUCUAUCAGUGUCCAAGAACAAUUUGCAGUAUAUACCAUAUAGUUUGAAACACUGUGGAUUAGAGCACUUAGAUAUAUCAUUAAAUGAUUUUACACCUGAAGAAACAGGACUACAACAAUAUGGUACACAGUGGGAGUUUUAUAACAGCUUAGUUCAUAUUGCAGCAAAAGCAGUCCUAGAGAAUAAAUUGUCAUAUGCACCUAACAUAUUACCAAAGACCUUAGUAGAGUUAUUAGAUAACUCCAAUAUUUGUAUUUGUGGCAAACCAGUGCUAGAUGAUAAGUGUCUCAUUAAAAAAACAAGAUUUAAUGAGUUUAGUAGCAUAAGUUUCAUUUUAGUUAAGGAUUUUUUUACUGUACAAUGUUUCAUUUGUUCUCCAAAAUGUCAUUAUUAUUUCAGGGUAAUACGCAUUUACAAUUUAAUUUUGAAUACCUGAAAUGAUUGUUUAAUUUAUGACAUACAUUAACAUAUAAAUUAGAUCCGUGCAUAUGAAAUUGGUGUUUUGUAAGAAAGGAGCAAAGUCAAUAUAUUUAUUAACAAAAAAAAUAUUUAUUUAAUAAACGUGUGUACCAUAGCGAUCAGUUUUAUGGUUAUAUUGUUGCUAUUGUAUAGUUCAUUCGUUACUAAAAAAAACCAUUCGGACAUAGCAUGUUACCACCAUACCAUGGUAUCACCACGACCAGUCAGAUUUUGUUACAAAAAGCUCUAAUGUAAGGGGUCAUGUGGUUAAAAUGGGGGGAAUAUAAGUUGACAUUGAUUUUCUCUGGCUCGAUGUCGUGGACUUUGUAUCUUAUAAAUAAGCGGCUAAAAUCUGUUUGUCGCUGAUAGCUUUUAUUGCGAUUGGUUGCUUGCUUAACUUUCAAGAAGCUUGACUGAGUCUGCUAGUAAAGUAUCAUUGAAAACAAAGUUACAAAUGAAUGUACAUUAUUUAUAUUUCAAAAAUAUGAUACAUUUUAAAAUUAACACUUACAAUAAUAUGUACAUAAAAUAUACAUAUAAAUUGCCAAAUCUGUAAAGUAUUACAAGUUCAGCCCAUCAAGUUUCCAUUGAAUAUCUUGCACUACUGGAGCUAUUCUCAAAUGUGAAUCUGAAAAAAAAAGGAAAA